AUGGCUACUGCUGUUGUGGCCGCUACUCUUAACAGGCGAAGGAGGGAUGAGGAUCGUCAAGAUGAAAUCGACUUUGCUCUCGAUGGCAUGCUGGAGGAUCCGCAGACCUUUCAAAGCAGGAUGGCGUCGGUAAAGAGUGUUUUAGAGGACCUCAAGUCGAUAUCCUUGUUUGGACCCACAGAUGACGCCCGAAAAGAAUCCGAAUCCAAGGUCCAUGCUCUACUGGAGAAGCGAGACUCGCAGAUCCUUUACGGCAUUGAGAGCUCUCUCCUUGUUUCUCUUGUAGCUGACCUUCCCUCGCAGAGCGUACUGAACCGAGUCUUCAAGGAUCGGGUCUGCGGCGAUGGUGUCUGCGAUAGACCAGCGGAGUUUCCGGGCUUCGGUCGCUUUGGCUGCAUCCCAGACUGUGGCAAGUAUCCCAACCUGACCACCGUGUCCUUAAGCCUCAGGGAUGUCAUAGCUGAUAGCGGAACCUUGCUGGGAUGGGACCUCACGCUCUCGGACUCGAGUCUAGACCCCAGCAGGAGUAAGUUCACAUACAACAUCUACAGCUACACUAUGAAUGUGUUUGAGAAAGAUAUCUACAACGAGACCGUCUCAUUCGAGCUUCCCGAUGGGGAAUACACGCUAGUUUUGCGGAAAAAAAGCAGACAUCUGACCUAG